AUGGGCUACAACACAGCUGCAGCCUACAAGACAGCUGCAGGCUACAACACAGCUGCAGCCUACAAGACAGCUGCAGGCUACAACACAGCUGCAGCCUACAAGACAGCUGCAGGCUACAACACAGCUGCAGCCUACAAGACAGCUGCAGGCUACAACACAGCUGCAGCCUACAAGACAGCUGCAGGCUACAACACAGCUGCAGCCUACAAGACAGCUGCAGGCUACAACACAGCUGCAGCCUACAACACAGCUGCAGGCUACAACACAGCUGCAGCCUACAAGACAGCUGCAGGCUACAACACAGCUGCAGCCUACAAGACAGCUGCAGGCUACAACACAGCUGCAGCCUACAAGACAGCUGCAGGCUACAACACAGCUGCAGCCUACAACACAGCUGCAGGCUACAACACAGCUGCAGCCUACAACACAGCUGCAGGCUACAACACAGCUGCAGCCUACAACACAGCUGCAGGCUACAACACAGCUGCAGCCUACAACACCAACACAGCUGCAAGCUACAAGACAGCUGAGGAGGAAGGACAGCAGCCUGGAAAGACAGGCAUUGUGGAGGACCAAAAGAUUGAGGGGAGGGCUGAGAAGAAGGACUGUGUCGAGAAGGGAAAGAGGGCACAGGAGACUGAGAAGACUGGGAAGAAAGGCCGGAAACACCAGACGAAGAACCUUUGA